GGAAGUUGGGGUUGAGAGUUACCGUUUAAACGCGGUUUGCCAGAGAGGAAGAAGCUAAUAUUUGGUUUUGCACGCUAUUUAUAUAGGCUAUCUCAAUUUAAUUGUUCGUCCAUAUCAAAUGUAACGUUACAGGCGGAACAGAAUAAUACGAACAUGUCGACUUUCAUUCCGUUCAAAAUGCCUAAACUACAGUUGCUGAACGAGUAUGUUACUGAACCACAAACAGCGGUUGCUAGAGAGAUCUCCGUAGCCAAAGACACAACAGAGUUGCAUGAAGAAAUCUCCCGUUUGAAUGAAGAAAUCUCCCGUUUGAAGGAGGAGAAUGGCCGUCUACGAAAGUGGUUUGAUUUGGUUUUCAAACCAGAGAUAAAGUUACACAGAGCAGAUCCCCAGCAGUUCACUCUCCCCAUAUCUGAAGAGGUUCCCCCUGAGAAGCAGGACUGGAGCCCCAGUUUGGGGCAGGAGGACCCAUGGCCCACACUGAAUAAAGAGGAACUCCGGACCAGUCAGGAGGAAGAGCAGCUUCAUGGGCCCUUUGAUACCAAAGGCUCCAUAUUCACUUCUCCCUUUAUGGAAAGUGACUGUGAUCAGGAGGACCCACCUCAGCCCUCACAUCUUCACCAAACCCAAACUGUGGAGGACAGAGAGAGGGACUCUCUACUCACCUACACAACUGAAGAGAUCAAAACAGAACCAGAUGGAGAGGACUACAGAGUAUCAGAACCAACCAGUGACUCUCCGCCCCUCUCUGAAGUAAAUCCAGACUGUUCUGCAGCUCAGAGUGAAAACAGGGAAAGUGAUGAUGAGGAGAGAGGAGGACUACUGUCAGGGUCUAAGACACUCAAAUCAAUGACAAAACAGACAAAGAAUGGAGAAAGGUUCCAUACCAGUGCUGGAGGCAGGACGGAGACCAUGUUUCCCUGUUUGACAUCAUCUAGUCAAAUGGCUGCUGCUCCUUAUUAUUGCAAGGUGAGGCGUUCGAUCCGUAUGUGUGGGGCGUGUGAGCCGUGCAGGAGGACUGAGGACUGCGCUCUGUGUGAUUUCUGUAAAGACAUGAAGAAGUUUGGAGGACCCCAAAAGAUCAGACAGAAGUGCAGACUCAGGCAGUGUGACGUCCACGCUCGGGAAAUGCUGCGUGUGAAGGAUGAAGAGUUUGACCUGUCUGCCUGGGGGCAGGGAGAUCCUGAGGAGAGGACAUCUGUCUGACUACAGUGAGAAUGAGAUGGAAUGUGACUAAGCUGCACGCCCGUCACUAAAAAUGCACUGAACUGACAUGCAUGGUUGUUGAUGAUGUGGUAUCUGAGGAAUUUAUGACUUUGCUAACGUUUUUCAAAUGGUAUCUUGGAGGAUGUUGAUUCAGCUUAGGGAAGCAUCUGGGGAGCAGUUUUAUAGGGGCACCCCAUAAGACUGAGGAAGUCUGUUGUGUGGAGUCAUGGGAUUGGUCUGUAUGGGGAAAACACCCAUAUCAUGGUAAAGAUUAUAAA